AGUCCGUUCUGGCUUGAGGCUGCGGGGCAAGCGAGGCCCAGAGGCUCUGCCAUGUGGGCGCGGGCCGCCCCCCGCCCUCCGCCGCGCGGCGGGCCGCCCGCCGCCACAGCCGCCAGAGCGCCAGCGGCACCCCGCCCUGGAGCCCCGUAGGCGCCGAUGGCGGGCGCAGUGGCUGUGUCGGUGGAGCUGCUGCCCGACGGCGCCCUGGCCGAGGUGCCCGUCGGCACCCACGCAGUGCUGGAGGCGGGGGGGGCCCUGCUGCACGCGGUGCGCCUGCCCGACGGCUACGUGGCCUUGCGGGCCGGCAGCGUGCGGCGCUUCCAGCUCGCGAGGCAGCCUCCGCGGUGCGCGGCGGUCUGGUACCCACAGCCCUUGGGGCCUGCGUGCGACGCCGAGCGCGCCCAGGCGGCGGAGCGGGGGCGGGCCUUCCUGGGCCUCGGCGCCGCAGAGGUCGCCGCGCGCCUCGUCGGCGCCGGCGGCAGCGCCGCGCUGCUCGAGGGCGGCGGAGAGGCGCUGGCGGCCGAGUGCCUGGCGGGGCUGUGCGCCACAGGCUUCGCGAGGCACUGGGGCGUGGCCGAGGCCUACCGCGCGGCGUGCGGCGCGGCCUCCCUCGCUGGGGCCGCCGCCGACGCGGGGGCUGCCCCGCCGCCACCGCCGGCAGCCGGCCCAGCCCCGAGCACGCCCAGGACUUCUGCGCCCUCGCCGGCACCGCCAGAGCGGCACGGGGGCGUGCGCGCCGCGGCCUCCGCGCCGCGCGUGGAGGCGGAGGGUUCCCAUGCCCGCCUGGCCGCCGCCGCGCUGCCCGCGCCUGGCGCGGAUGCCACCUUGGACAGAGCGGUCGGGGCGGACGUGGAGGCAUGGACGGACACCGCCGUGCAAACCGCGGUUCACGCUGGCCUUCGCGGCCCCGCGACGCGGCUGGCUGGUGCGGCCGCGGCGAUGGGCUGCGAGGGGUAUGCCCUCUACAAGGAGGUCCGGGAGCACGCGGACAAGUACAAGCGGCGCGAUAUCAGCGGCUCGCAGUACGAGGAGAAGGUCGCGGAGAGCGCCAUCACGUCCUCGGGGCGCGCCAUGGGCGGCCUCUGCGGCGCGGCCGUGGGCCAGGCGGCCCUGCCGGUGCCCAUCGUCGGAGCCGUCGUGGGCGGGCUAGUCGGCGCCACGGCCGGCGGCCUGCACGCGAGCAGCCUCGUGAGGGGCAUGUCGCGGCUCUCGGGCGGCAAGGCCAAGGGCGGCGACGACCUCGUGCGGGUGGUGGAGCACCGUCCGCGCCCCGCCGCGCCUGGAGCGCCCGCUGCCGCGGGCGCCGGCGACGACGACGGCGAGUGCCUGCUCUGAACGCGCGCUGUGGCCGCGCCGCACGCAGGGCACCCCUCAGGCGGGGCAAUCUCAGGAGGGAAGCGGGACGUCGGAUUCCAUCGGCGGUGGAUACGGAUACAUCUCCGUCUCGCAACCCUGGCCGUGCUGGCCCGCGUCGGCUUUUCCUGUGCUCCAGGCCGUUCAGAAACUCGCGGCGAAUACGCGCGCCCGGCGCUCUCGGUGCACUGAGGCUGG